UGCUGGAGGGGGAGGGAAGCCGUGUGCUUCCUGCUGAGCAGAUCAGGACGCGGGGGAGGAUUCCAUGGAGCUGCUGCUGCUGCAGGAAAAGGUUUUGCAUGGAAGCUAUCCGGGAUACUCUGACUCUACUGGACGAUUUCCUCACUAUCGAUCUAAAGGACAUGUACCUACAUAUUACUACUUAUCUACUCUGCAGAAGAUCCUUUCCUGUGGCUGUCUAGGUUUCUUUGUAAGAUGAUGGUUCUUUCCAUCAAUGAUCCACCAAGGAUGGACCAAAACCGAUACCUCAUGGCUACAAGGAUAUUAGACCUCACCCUGGAGAUCAUCUCCUUGAUAACUGGAGAGGAUUACACAGUAGUGAAGAAGUCGUCUGAUAAGUGUGUGACACCCCGUGUGUCAGGAGGACGGAGCAGGACCCAGAGCCCCAUCACCGAGCCUCCACCUCAUUCACUGAUACAUGAGCAGAAGAUCCUAGAACUUACCAACAGGAUCACUGACCUGCUGACCGGAGAGGUUCCAGUAAGGUGUCAGGAUGUCGCUGUCUAUUUCUCCAUCGAGGAGUGGGAGUAUCUAGAAGGACACAAGGAUCAGUACAAAGAUGUCAUGAUGGACAGUCACCAGACCCUCACGUCACUGGAUGGAUCCAGUCAGAGAUAUUCACCAGAGAGAUUUCCUAGUCCUCUGUAUUCCCAGGACUGUCCAGACGAGAAGCUGAAUGUCCCACUGGAUCAUCAGGAUGUCUUGACGGAGAAUCACCAGAUCCUCACAUCACUGGAUGGAUCCAGUCAGAGAAAUCCACCAGAGAGAUGUCGUAGUCCUCUAUGUCCCCAGGACUGUCCAGAGGAGAAGCCGAAUGUCUUACUGGUUCAUCAGGACGUCUUGACGGAUAAUCACCAGAUCCUCACAUCACUGGAUGGAUCCAGUCAGAGAAAUCCAACAGAGAGAUGUCCUAGUCCUCUAUGUCCCCAAGACUGUCCAGAGGAGAAGCAGAAUGUCCCACUGGAUUAUCAGGACGUCAUUAUGGAGAAUAACCAGCCUCUCACAUCACUGGAUGGAUCCAUGCAGAAAAAUCCACCAGAGAGAUGUCCCAGUCCUCUAUAUUCCCAGGACUGUCCAGAGGAAAAGCCAAAUUUUGCACUGGAUUAUCAUGAACUUAAGAUAGAGAAUCAUCAGACCCUCAUAUCACUAGAUGGAUCCAGUCAGAGAAAUCCACCAGAGAGAUGUCCUAGUCCUCUAUAUUCCCAGGACUGUCCAGAGGAGAAGCAGAAUGUCUUACUGUAUGAUCUGGAAAGUGAUGGAAGUGGAAGGACGAGUGGCCUGGAGAACCCCACAUCAGUGACUGGUGAAGACAGUCCAAGAGGGUCCCAUGAAUAUAUCACUUCAUCUCCUUGUUAUGAAGUAGAAGAUAAUCAAUCUAAUCUUCCCACACAUGAGAAAAUUCCCAGAGAUGAAAGGCCAUUUUCAUGCUCAGAAUGUGGAAACUCUUUCAGAAGUCACUCAGAUCUUGUGAGACACAAAAGAUUUCACACAGGCGAGAAGCCAUUUUCUUGUCCUGAAUGUGGGAAAUGUUAUACCCGGAAAUCAACUCUUGUAAAACAUCAGCUAACUCACACAGGAGAGAAGCCAUUUUCAUGUCAUCAAUGUGGAAGGCGUUAUACCCGGAAAUCUACUCUUGUGAAACAUCAGCUAACUCACACAGGAGAGAAGCCAUUUUCAUGUACUCAAUGCGGGAAAUGUUUUACCUAUAAAUCAGCUCUUGUUAAACAUCAGAGAAUUCACACCGGGGAGAAGCCAUUUUCAUGUCCUGAAUGUGGAAAAUGUUUUGCCUUUAAAUCAGCUCUUGCUAAACAUGAGAGAAUUCACACAGGGGAGAAGCCUUUUCCAUGUGCCAAAUGUGUGAAAAAUUUUAUGCACAAAUCAAAUCUUGAGAGACAACACAAAAGUCACACAGAGGAGAAGCAAUUUUCAUGUCCUCAAUGUGGGAAAUGUUUUACCCAGAAAUCAGCUCUUGUGGAACAUCAAAGAAGUCACACAGGGGAGAGACCGUUUUCAUGUUCAGAGUUUGCAGAGUGCUUUACCUAUAAAAAUGUACACACAGAACAGUCGAGCGUUCACACAGAGGAGAAGCCAUAUUUUUGCUCAGAUUGCGGGAAAUGUUUUAGCCAGAUAAUACAUCUUGUAAGACAUCAGAGAAUUCACACAGAGGAGAAAACCUGUUAAUGUUCAGAUUGUAGGAAUGCGGUAGGUGUGGAGCUCCAUUGUAGGACCUGUUGCUUCAGGAUGUCUUCUGCUGUAAAACAAACUUCUUGCUAUGAUACGGAAAACCAUUACUGCUUAACAUAGAGAUAUUAGAUAAGAUCUCAGUGAUGGUUAUUGUGUGUUAAAGGCCAGAAUCAUCAUCGAUGACUGUCCCUGGAACAGAAAACUCUAGUAAGUGGAGUUACAGAGGUUCAUGUUGGAACAAUGAGAAUGAUUUUCCACGGUAAACUGUUACCAGUAUUUAUAUCAGAAAUAUCAGUAUCCAGAACUAUGUGACCCCUGUUAUCAAGUAUGUUUCGUAACGAUUCGGAUAGGACUACUCCACGACUUGUUUCGCUGCAGCCCAGAUGACCAUGUAGCGCUGACGAUUUGUAAGUAAUAAAAUUAAUUGGGUUUACAUUGUAACCUUCACGUUACUGCGAUCUGACACUUGCAAAAAACCAACACUGCUGUAUGUUUUGCAAUUCUCUGGCUGUGGUCAUAACUUGUGGGGCGCAAAGCGAGCUCAUUCACUUCCAUUAUGUUGCGAGGCUGCUCCCUUACAAGCAAUUUUAGUAUUUUUUUUCUCCUUUAAUGUAGACAUAGCGGUAGGUUUUCUUGCAUGAACCAUUCACUUUAGUUCUGGAAACUGAAAAUUCUAAACUUUUACAUCAGCAGUAAUAAGUCAGAGCAACAGGACUUGUAUUAUUAUUUUUUUAAAGACUUAGUCAUCCAACUGACUUUUUCUCUUAAGAAAUAAGAAAGCAAUUCUAGCUGAGGAGGUCCGUCGGAUGACUAGCGAAAUGUCUUCAAGAAAAAAAGAAAUAUAAGCCCUGUUUCUGUGACUUAUUACUGAUAUACCAUGACCUUAAUGAAUAAGAACAUUCACAGGCAAAAAUGUUACACAUCUGUUUUACCGUGUCACUGGAAUACCAUCAAUCCAAAGUGACAAUCAUGUGGAAAGAUGUAAUGGGGUAACGGGUCAAUCAGCGGACCUGAGAAAAAAUGUGAAUGGGGGCAAAAAUGUUUUUUAGAAUUAUAUCCAAUGUAAUUGAUAUUUAAGGUUAACGUGUAUGUGUAACAGUGGUUGAGGACCAACUGUGUUACCCAAAAAUUUUGCUAAGGACAUUAUCCACAUGCCCCCAGUCUUCACUCUACCACCACUAUACAGGCAUGUUGCCUCCGGUGCAAGGAACCACCAGAUUGGUUCAUCUUACAGUAGUCUCUGUUCAGUGACAACCGACCGAGGCAGGUCAAGAUACAUCGGUGCGUGGCACCAAGGGGACAAGCAAAAUCAUAGUCAAUGGACAAGCCGAGGUCAAGGCAGUCAGGCACAGAAGGUCAGUUGGUCAAAUACCUUCUCAUUGACUAACAAGCUAGAGGGAAUAUUAUUGCUGACACGUUUCCAUAGGCUGACUGCCUGCGCUCUCGCGUACUGGCUGCAGACCUCUGUAGGUGUGUGUGUGUGAACAGUUCUCUGUGACUUUUAUGCUCUCUGUGUUUGUUCAUGUAUGGGUUAAUGUUCCCCUGGUGUGUCUGACCAUCAGGUCCUCAGAUGUCCUAAUCACUCUGCUAUUUAGACUUGUGAGCUGAUGCCCGAGAGAUCAUUCUGUUUUCUGUCUCCAGGAAAGCUGUGUGCAGGGUGCUUGCUGUCCUGACCAGAGUGUUUGUGACUUGUGUGGUCAGCCCGAUUGUUCAUCGAUGUCUGACAUGUCUUAUUAUGUUUAUUCUGUGAACGCCAUUCUCCGUGACUGUAUCCUGAUCAGCAUGGGCUCCAGUUUAUGCCUUGAUCCUGAUUCUGUGUCUUUGAUCUGGAUUUCUUGUGAUCUUGAUUCGCGUCUGUUUGGCACACUUGGGUUCCGGAUGUGUGAACAGGUCCCUACAGUUAUAUCUGCGGGUUCUUGAACUAGAUCCCUGCACUUAGCCAGCAUAGGGACUGUGUGAACAGGUCCCUACAGUUGUAUCUGCAGGUUCUUGGACUAGAUCCCUGCACUUAGCUAGCAUAGGGACUGUGUGAACAGGUCCCUACAGUUAUAUCUGCGGGUUCUUGGACUAGAUCCCUGCACUUAGCUAGCAUAGGGACUGUGUGAACAGGUCCCUACAGUUAUAUCUGCAGGUUCUUGGACUUGGUCCCUGCACUUAGCCGGCAUAGGGGCUGUUGUUUAGAAAAGAUCGUCCAAGCAGGUAGGGAUAGUGGUCAGGUGAGACUAGGUCUGCACUGUUCCCCAUGUUCAGUUUGUUUUGUUCUGAUGUUUAAUAAAGCGCUUCAUUUGUCUACUCUAUGUCCUGAAGUCUUGUCUGUCAACGCUUGGGAUAUGUUCAGUGGUCCUAACCCCUGAACAUGAAAUGUGACUUAAAUAAUUCAUUUCCAGGAGACAAAGUAAGACACGACUGCUGACUCUUUUAAAACCUACAGAUAGGACAGCAGCCAGGAAGUGAGAAGUCAGGUCAGUCUCGCAUAGAGCAGGGAGAACUCUGCCAGGCAGGAGGGAGAAGCCAGCAGACACAGAUCACUGUGCCCACUAGUACCACAGUACCUUCCCCCUUAUACCUCCUCUUCUUUGGUCCAGACUGUAUUAAAAACAUCUUCUAAGAAGGGCUAAAGCCUUGAUGUUCUCAGUGGGUUCCUAAGAACUCUCUUUAGGACCAAAUCCCUUCCAGUCCACCAAGUAGAAAGUUCUUCCAACCUUCUUAACACCAAGGAUACCUUUUACCUCAAGUUAAUCCUCUGGACUAAUUGAAAUGGGUGCAGAGACUGAAAAUCUGCAAAAGCGGUCGACGAGGUGGAAACAUGGAAGUAAUUGGGAAUACAUAGAGAAUAGGGAAGGUGUAAUUUUUAGCAGGCUAGGUUCAUCUAGUAUAAAACUUCAAAAGGACCCAGGAAGCGGAGUGCAAACUUACAACUGGGUAUGUUAAGCCAGAUGUUUUUGGAGGACAACCUACAAUUUGUCACGAGAGAAGAAGGGCAGUGGUGGUCUGCAUUUCCAGUGUGCAGAUCUCUUAAUGUAAACAGUGGCCUGGAUCAGGGAAGAUUUAGUCACUUGUCAGAUCUGGACAGAAUCUGUGAGGCUAGAUUCUGCAGCCGGUACCUCAGAGGAAACUGGGAUAGGAAGAAUUCAUGGCUGUAAUCCAUGCACCAUGAAAAAUGCUGACCUGUCAAUUGGCUCCCCUGAAUCAUUGUUAUACGAGAACUUGUCCCAGGAAAACAAAGACACCUAAUCAUCGUGACGAGAAGAAAUUAAAUGACGCUGGUAAUUCUCCAGUACCUGAUUAAUUUAUCCUACCAUCCCAUUGGGCUGAGGGCAGUAUGCUGAAAAGAAGUCCAACCUGAAAUACAGCAACCUACAAAGAGACUUCCAGAACUUAGACAUAAACUGAACUUCUCAAUUAAAAACAAUGUGUUGAGGCGAAUCAUGCAGAUGGAAGAUGUGCUUGAUGAACAGAUUGCUAUGAUGAUUAGAGGAAGGCUGGAAUGAGUAACACAAUGAACCAUUUGAAACAACAAUCUACAGCAACCCAGAUCACUGUAUAUCCAGAGGAUAGACAGGUUCUUAAUAAAGUCUAUAGUGAUAUGUUGUCACGGGGCAUCUGGAACAGGCAAAGAGAGAAGUAGUCCUGCAGGCUUAUGUCAAGAGAACUUGUUAUUUUCACCUGUGAUACAGCAGGGCAACAUUAUGUCCCGCGAAAGUGUACACCACCAAUAGUGUCGAGACAGAUUCAAGCAAGGAUGUGCACUUUCUUGGUCAUUUGGAAAAAUGUCCUUAACCAAGACAAGAGCUAUAGAGGUCAUUAGGGCUGGGUCAAUGAUGUGUUGAGGCUCCACCAUCUGACCUGUUGGGUCAAAGGACUGUGAUAGGGCAUCCGCCAUGUUGUUCUUCUCCACAGAACAAAAAUGCAGAACAAAGUUGAAGCAUGCAAAAAAUAAAAAAAACCUCCUGGAUUGACAAAGAUUCAGCCAUUUGGCAAUCUGGAGACAUGUCAGAUUCUUGUGUUCAGUGACUGGCACCCUCUAUAAGAUGUUUCCACUCCUCCAGAGCAGCUUGCUUGCAGUUUUCAAUGGAAUAAUUACAUUCAGCAGAGGUGAAGCACUUGGAGAAUAACGCACAAGUAACUGUCUUAGCACAGGAACUCUUCUCCAGCACCCACCUAAAGGACGACUUGUUUGGUGACAUCAGGAAGAUGCAAGAUGAAUGCUGGGGAGAAAGCCUAUUUAAUAGGCUGGAAUGAAGUUCUGGCUUCAGGUGUCCAUUCAUUGGCAUUCACUCCCUACUUGGUAAGAGCAGAGAUAAGCUAAAAAAUGUGGGAUAAAUUGCCUAUAAAAUUAGCAACUCCCAAGAACUGCUAGAUGGCUAUUUGGGCCUGUGGAAAGGGACAGUCAAGAACCGCAGACAAACUUCUUAAGGUCCAUCUCCAGUCCAUGGCAGGCAAUCACAUGGCCUAGGAAAGGAACAUACAGUACUUUUUUUUAAAAAAGCACUGCUCAAAUUCGGCAUGGAGCAUAUUCUCCCAAAACACAACACAUACAUGCUUCUGAUGUGACGGCAAAUCAGGGGAGUAGAUCAAAAUAUACCACCAAAUAGAUGUAGAGCAGAUCAGGGAAGAGAUCAUUUACAAACUUCUGGAAGACAGCUUGGGCCAAAAGUCAUGAUGAGGUAAGAGCCAUCAUGGGUGUUAAAACCUGUCUUCCAUUCAUAGCCUUCAUAAAUGUGUGUCAGGUUAUACCUUCCUCGGAGAUGAUCUUUAAAGAUCCUAACCCCAUGGAUCCUAUGAAAAGGUACAGAAAUCAAUGGUAGAGGUUAUUUUGUUCAGACCUAGAUAGUCAGUGCAUGGAAGAGGACCAUUCUUCUUUUUGACAAAGAAAAAGCUAGCUCCAGCAUGGGAGGAGGAUAUGCAGAUCAAUCCUCUCUCUAGGUGUGCCUUAAUGUAGUCCGACAUGGCUUGAGCCUCUGGCAGAGACAACAAAAAAUUACAGCCUCAUUGGGGAGUAGUUCAAUGCAGUAGAUCAGUGGGACAAUCAUAUGACCGAUUACUUGGCAAAGUCUAGUUCUCCCUCUGGUUGAAAACAUCUGCAUAACUGGCAUAGGAUGGAGGCAGUCCCUGGAGGUUUUCGGGACUUGGGGCCUACAGCCAGGCAGAACUGUAGCCACACAGUGUAAUUUACAUGGAAAUCUUCAACUCAGGACCUGCCAGUUGUCCCAAUGGAUUAUGGUGAGGCCACAGUAACGAGGACUAAUGGAUUCUAGGAGAGAGUAGAAUUUAAAUUUUCCCCGCUAUAUGGAGAUGCAUGGGCACAGUAGCAGAAAGGAUAGGUUUUAGGAGAGGUACUCCAUUGACAGAAACCACAGCCCCAAGAAUUUCUCCAGGUGUGCCAUACCAGAUCACUAAUGCCUGAUGCAAGAAGUUAUCAGCUGAACCGGUGUUCAGAAAAUCCUUUUCAGCAAACAGGACAUGACCACAACCUGUGAGUAUUCCAGCGGUUGAAGACAAAUGGGCAUCAUUAACUUUCUUCAAAGACUUGGCCCAACCCAAUUGAUGAUUAAAAUGGACUCUUUUGGUGAUACUGGACCCAUUAGGAUUGGAAUAAAAGAAAUACAAACAGUAGAGCUGAUGUAAUAGGGCCCGAGCUGCACUAAACUCUUUCAAUAUGUCUGAAUUUAGUAAUAAGGAGAUUUCUAAAUGUUAGUAAGUAUCUACACCAUCUACUAAUCUAUCUAAACCUGAUAUCUCCGAGUGUGUGGCACUAUCAUGACUCUUAGGUAGCAUGCCCGCUGUCUCAGUGUUAUGUUUGACACUGAUCUUUCCUUUACUCCCUAUAUUCAAUCGUUUGCCCAUUCAUGCCGUCUGCACCUCGAAAACAUCUCUAGAAUUUUGCCCUUUUUUGCUGUGGAAACAACGAAAACUCUCAUUGUUACCCGGAUCCAUUCUCGUCUCAAUUACUGUAGCUCAUUAUUAAUUGCCUCCCCCUCACUAAACUCUCCCCCAUCCAAUCCAACCUGAAUGAAGCAGCUAGGCACGUCUAUCUGUGCCAGUCAAUACUCCGAUGCCUCCGCCCUGUACCUUACUCUGAUGCCUCCGCCCUGUACCAUACUCUGAUGCCUCCGCCCUGUAUCAGUCACUACUCCGAUGCCUCCGCCCUGUAUCAGUCACUACUCCGAUGCCUCCGCCCUGUACCAGUCACUACUCCGAUGCCUCCGCCCUGUACCAGUCACUACUCCGACGCCUCCGCCCUGUACCAGUCAUUGCACUGGUUGCUCAUACAGAAUUCAAAGUCCUCAUUCUCACCCACAGUGCUGCGACCCCUACAUCUCCUCCCUCAUAGGUCUGCCACCUUGUGUUCUCCAUUCUGUCAAUGAUUUACAAAUAACAUCCACCAUAAUCUGUACCUCUCACUCCAUCUCCAAGACUUCUUCUGAGCUGCACCAGUUCUCUGGAAUGCCCGACCCCAGGCAGUUAGGCUAAUUCACAACAUCCACGGUUUUAGGCGCUCCCUAAAAACACAUUUUUAGGGUGGUCUAUCACAUCCCCUAAUCUAACUCUUCCCCAUUCACCCCCUCUUCAACAUCAUUCUUCUGAACCUGAUCUAUCAUCAAUGUCCACCCCACCCUCUGCACUCAGAAGCUCUACAGAUUUCGGCUGGCGACAGCUCAUGCAGCUUUAUAUCCCCUAUUGAGUUAAGAUGGCCGGGCCAC